GCGAGUCAGAUGAAGCAGCUGCUGCUAAACGCACUGCCCGAGCAGAGGCUCAGCGCCGCCGGCGCCAAGAUCCUGCAGUGCGUGCCGCCGAAGCUGAAGCUAAACGGCGCCGUCGACAAGACCCGGAAGUGCGCGACGCCGAGGCAGAGGCUCAUCGCCGCCGCCGAGAGCAAGGACCCGCAAGUGCGCGACGCCGAAGCAGAGGCUCAUCGCCGCCGUCGAGACCAGCCAGAAGUAAGCGCUGCUGAAGCUGAAUCUAAGCGCCGCCGUCGAGAGGACCCGGAAGUGCGCGACGCCGAAGCAGAGGCACAUCGCCGCCGCCGAGAGCAGCCAGAAGUGAACGCUGCUGAAGCUGAAUCUAAGCGCCUCCGUCGAGAGGACCCGGAAGUGCGCGACGCCGAAGCAGAGGCUCAUCGCCGCCGCCGAGAGCAGCCAGAAGUGAGCUCUGCUGAAGCUGAAUCUAAGCGCCGCCGUCGAGAGGACCCGGAAGUGCGCGACGCCGAAGCAGAGGCUCAUCGCCGCCGCCGACAGCAGCCAGAAGUGAGCGCUGCUGAAGCUGAAUCUAAGCGCCGCCGUCGAGAGGACCCGGAAGUGCGCGACGCCGAGGCAGCGGCUCAUCGCCGCCGCCGAGAGCAGCCAGGAGUGAGCGCCGCCGAAGCCGAAGCCAAGCAAAAGGCAAGGAUCGCUAAGUCUGACGGUGCAACAAAAAUUUUCCAACGGCUGUUUAGAGACAACCCGUUUGGGAGCGUCUGUUCAGUCUGUGAUCGGCUCUGGUUCCAAAACGACUUGCAACCGCUACCGGACAGAUGUCACGAGACCCUAGAGCAAUCAUUUCCAAACUCGGACCUAACCCAAUUCAAACUGUGCUCGACCUGCAUACAAUCAGUGCGCAAGGGUCAUAUUCCUCAUCUUUCCUCAAGUAAUGGUUAUGUAUAUCCCCCAAAGCCAGCCCACCUCCCACUAUUGAACGCGGUCAGUGAGAGACUCAUAUCUCCACGAAUUCCUUUCAUGCAACUGCGACGGCUGAUGCACGGUGGAGGUCAACACGGCAUUAAGGGACCAGUAGUGAACGUCUGUGUUGAUGUGGACGACAUCGUGACAAUGUUGCCUCGUGUCAUCGAACAAGACCGAGCCCUCAAUGUACAUUUGAAGCGGCGUAUGCUUGCGAAGACGACGUACCUGGCAGGGGCAGUAAGAAAAUGUGAUCUGCUGCCGUGGCUUAAGCUGCUGAGUGAUAGCACGCUGUACAAGCAUUAUAAUAUAAAGUGCGAUUUUGCCCGUUUGGGGGAUAUCGUAGAAGUGGACGAACACGACGAGAUCGAGUUGCUCCCGCAAUGCUCAGACCUCAACGAUCCGAUCCAAGUGGCUACAGCCAUGACUCUGGCUCAGCACACUCUCGUAUGGGACGAAGACAAGUUUCUAGCGAUUGCGCCAGGUGAGGGAAAAAGGCCCGUGAGCAUCCUUUACGACGAACACGCAGAGGAGCUCUCGUUCCCACAGAUCUAUCUCGGUGAGCCGCGCCGAGUAGAUGCCAGCGCAAAACCGACAGUCUUCACGCACGCCAUGAGUGAGAUCCGCAGGUCAGACCGUCGAGGGGCCACCCCACAGCACGUACUGUACAUGGCCAUGAAAGUGUUUAGGCACCGAGUAGCCGGCGACAUGUGUGUGGCCUUCCGUAACAUAAAGGCACUGGAAACACUAACGAAGCAACAGUUGCUCGACAAGGAUUUUGUGCAGCAAGCGGUCGAGCACGACAUGGCUUUCAUGCAUGGUAUACCCAACACCGUGCAGUACUGGACAAAACGCAAGAAAGACCUCUUUGCUAUGAUACGGCAGUUGGGUAAGCCGACCGCGUUCCUCACUCUUUCUGCCUCGGAAAUGCACUGGCCCGACCUUUUGCAGUUGCUUCAACGCCUUCGGUUGAAGCCCGGCGAGAUCGAAGUACCACUGGAGCAAAUGAACAGCAUUUAUCGAGCUCAGCUAGUAAAUGACGAUCCCGUGGUCUGUGCCAUAUAUUUCGACCGAUUGGUGCGUGUCAUUCUCAACAUUCUCCGCAACACCCGUGUAUCGCCUUUUAGGCCGUACAUAGUCGUCGACUACUUUAAGCGGAUCGAAUUUCAGCACCGCGGGUCGGCACACGCGCACAUUCUCCUUUGGCUUCAUAACGCGCCCAACGAGGAGCUCUCGAUGCUCAUGCCCCAGACUCUUGAAAUAGCCAACGUUCUACUUUCCAUCGACAACGGAUGCUUGAAGCGCGAGCGGACUCAGGUGCACCAACACACGCAUACCUGCUACAAGCACAACACCACCAGAUGCCGCUUUAACGCGCCUUUUAUGCCCAUCGAUGAAUGUAUGGUCGUAGUGCCUUUCCCCACUGUGGACAAUGAAGCGCAGAAGAAGAAAAUCGAGAGCCUCCUAAACAAGUACGAGGCCAUGCAUCAGGCCCUGGAAACGACAAAUUAUGACUCCAUGGAGCAGUUUUGGGAACAUCACGGUGUCGCGGACAAGGCGGAGUACAUUUCUGUUCUCCGAGCAGGCACUCCUCGUGCCACCAUCAUGCUACCCCGUACUGUGCAGCAAAAGUGGGUGAAUUACUUUAACCCAUGGGUUGCAUCAAUUCUCGAUUCUAACAUGGAUCUUCAGAUCGUCCUCGACACGUACGCGUGUGCUGCCUACGUGGUGGAAUAUGUAAACAAGGCCAACCGAGGUAUGUCGAACCUCAAUCGAGCAGUGCAAGAAAUUGUCAAGGAGAAGGGGGAUAUGGCCUAUUCUCAGGCACUGAGACAUCUAGGUGUGAAAAUGUUGAAUGCCAUUGAACUGUCCGCACAGGAGGCCGCAUGGUGUUUGCUCAACCAGGAUAUGUCGGAGGCGAGUCGCAAAGUUGUCUUCGUGAACUCUGCAUGGCCCGAGGAGAGGACGCGCAUUCGGAAGUCUAACGCUCAGAUGGCGCAGGAAGGCUUAGUAGAAUCAAGCACUGAUGUAUGGAAACGGACGAUGAUCGAGCGCUACGAAGACCGCAUUCCCGAAUUGGAACCUGUUACUCUAGCAGAGUUCGCUACCGAGUACAACAUAUAUACCUGCAGAAAGAGGAAUCAGCGACGGAUACUUCGCUACCGCGGUUACUCCGUAGACGAUUCAGUCAACUUCAAGCGAGAACAUGUCCUGCUUUUCUAUCCAUUCCGCAAAGAAGUUGACAUCUUAGACCAAAACUGUUUCGAGCGUCUGUAUGAGCAAAACAUCGACGUCAUUCUACAGAACAAGGCACGGUACCACAGUGACGUAGACAUUGAGCAAAUUCGUGCCGUUUGUAAUUCCAUGCUCCAGUCAAAUGACGAGGAACAUUGUGCCACUUCUGAGCUCCCAGAUGUGAGACUGCACCCGAUGGCCAUGGAAAACGACGACUCCGAUCUCCUAGAUAUCGGAAUGGUCCAAUCCAAUGCUCCGUUUAAGCAGUGCCCCGCCGUGUGCACGCGCCAAGACGUCAUGAGCAGAGAUCAGUACCUGGACACAAUGCGGAAGACGAAUGAGGAGCAGUACGAGAUCGUCCGAGAAGUCGUGCAUAGACUCACUAUACCGGACUCUCCGCCACUACAAAUCUUCUUCACGGGAGUGGCUGGAUGUGGGAAGACAUUUGUACUGCGUCUCAUCAUGGACGUCUACAACAGAUAUUGCAACCCUGCUGGUUCAGAUAAUGUAAACGCCUAUGUUGCCUGUGCUACAACUGGAAAAGCGGCGGUCGCGCUUGGUGGAAUAACUGUACAUGCAGCGUUCAGACUUACCAUCAAUAGGGAUGGCGGACUGCGGGACAACGAGUUGAACACGUUCCGCUAUGCGUUCAGGAACGUCAGGUGCGUGAUUAUUGAUGAGGUUAGCAUGAUGUCCGCCGACAUCCUUCAGAAAGUGGACUCGCGACUCCGCAUCAUCACUUGCAAUUACCUACAGCCUUUCGGCGGGUUAGACAUCAUCCUCUGCGGAGACCUGCGCCAGCUUCCCCCCGUUCGUGCCGCCGAGGUUUUCAAGCGCGUCAAGACGAACAGUGUGUUUAACACGGAAAUCGCAUGGCACCAUUUGUCAUACUUUGUCCUCACGAAGGUCGUAAGGCAAAGCGAUCUCAGGUUUUCCACCAUACUUACCAAAAUUGGAGACGGUGCAGAAUUGGAUUCCGAAGAAAUCGCAUUGAUCCAGAGUCGGUUCGUCACGCAACAACAAGCAGAAACGUGUUGUCCCGGUGGCAUCCGCUUGUACUACUCCAACAAGGAAUCGGACUACUACAAUACGAACACGGCCAUUGCAACCGAAGAUAAUUGUGUGGCAUGUCCGGCACGGGACACAAUCGUUGGAUUCAGGUCUAUGCAGGAGAAGACAGAGGCAAUGCGCAAGGCCGAAACGCUGCCCAAGGCCGAACUCGGAAACCUGCCAGCUAAUAUAAUGCUAUGCAUUGGAAAACCAUAUAUGCUCACACUCAAUGUCGAUGUUUCCGAUGGUCUGGUCAAUGGCUCUGUUGGAAUACUGCAGUACAUACAAUACGACACGCUCCGAGAGCCGGAACGCAUCUGGCUGCAUUUCGGUGAGCUUGGUUCCAAAAUUGCGAUUGGAACCGUGGCGGCCGCAAAAUCCCGGCAGUUACGGGCACUCGACAGAAAUAUUCAGCAAAAUUGGACACCUAUCGAAAGACGCACAGUCACUUGCGUCAUUGAUAAGAAGUCAAGGAUAUCCCUGAGGAGAUGCCAGCUACCCGUUGUGCAAGCAAGUGCUAUCACCAUUCACAAAUCACAGGGAGGCACGUAUGAAAACGUGGUGUACUCGUAUGCCAAGAGUCAUCCACAGAAAUUGGUAUACGUGGCACUGAGUCGUGCUACAGACAUCAACGGGCUCUACCUCACCAAUGUGGACAAUGACUUUACGUUCGGCAAGCCCAAUCCCGACAGGGUACUACUUGAUGAGUUUCGUCGGCUGCAGUCACACAAACUCCAAACUGUCACUGCUAAGUGCUACGCAAUGAUUAAGCAACCGCACUUGUUCUCGGUCGCCGCACUUAAUGUUCGCUCUCUGCCGGCGCAUUCCAAGGACGUGCACCACGACCCCAUCCUACGCCAUGCAUCUGUACUUUGCCUCUCGGAAACGUGGAUGGAUCCAAAACAGGCGGUAGAAAUCAUGGACUACCAGUACUGCUGCGGCGUCAGUAGAGAGCACAACAGAGCGGCAGGGGUGGCCAUCUACGUGCGUAAGGGUCUGUCUGCCGUACCCAUCGAGAUAUUUGGAACGUCAGACGAAGUUGGAGAACUUUGUGGCGCCAAGUUCGACAACGGCUUGGUAGUGGUGGCUCUGUAUAUCUCGCCUACAGCAGUCACCAAAGAUAUCGUGCAUUUUCUGCGACUUGCGUUAAGCACAUGUGGGUCC